AUGCUUGCACCUCAACUCCUCCUUGGCCUGGCUGCUGCUGGCCUGGUCUCAGCCCAGAACACCGUCACCUCCAUGUUGAUCUACGGCGCAGACCCACAACCUCUUGUCGCUUCCAUCAUCGGUAGUGAUGCCACCGCAACAACAUACAGCAUCAAUUGUGCCCCAGGCACAGAUGGCUCCGACUGCGGCAUGGGCCCCGGCCUGACCGUUGUCGCCGGUCCCACGACCACCGUGUUGAACAUUGAUGAGCCGGACGACGAUUUCCAUUGGACCGUCAGGUGCUCUGUUGGCGGGACCACCACGGCGGUGUGUACCGAGACGGCUAGCGGUACGGCGGCGAAUUUCCCUGGAGUCAGCUCCUCGACCUUUUCCAAUGAUCUGCCUCUCAUGGCGGUGACUAUUACAGCUGGGUCAGCUGCAGGUGCGGGUCCGACGCGUGCCACUGCUAGUGUUACCGCUACUACGGCUGCCACUGCCUCUGUCUCUGGAAAGUCUACUGCGUCGGAUGCAAGCAAGACUUCAUCGGCGGGUUCGUCGGGUGCUUCGUCCGGUGCUUCAUCGGGUGCUUCAUCGGCUGUGAGUACCGGGGGAAUGCCGCGGGUCACUGGUGGUGCUGGUGGGCUCUUUGGGGCUGCUGCGUUGGCUUUGGGCGUGCUUGCUCUGUGA